AUGUGCCCCUUGGAAGGUGCCUACAAGGAGCUGCUCAUAAGCCACACCUUGGAUGACCAGAGCACAGCCACGACAAUGGAGGAGCUGGCAGAGGCCCUGGCCUACUGCCAUGCCAAGAAGGUGAUUCACAGGGACCUCAAGCCAGAGAAUCUGCUGCUCAGAGUCAGAAGUGAGGUGAAGAUUGAAGACUUUGGCUGGUUUGUGCACACCCCAUCGCUGAGUAAGAUGAUAUGUGGAACUCUGGACUAUCUGUUGCCAGAAAUGAUCAAAGGGAGCACAUAUGAUGAGAUGGUAGACCUGUGGUGUAUUGGGGUGCUCUGCUAUGAACUGCUGGUGGUCAGCUGACCCUUUGAGAGUACCUCUCACAGCAAGAUCCACAGGCGCAUCCUCAAGGUUGACGUGUUUCCCCUCUCAAUGCUUGUGGGGGCCCAGAACCUGAUCUCCAGGCUUCUAAAGUUCCAGUCCAGGGAGCAGCUGCUGCUGAACCAGAUUCCAGUGCAUCCCCAGGUCAAGGCCAACUCCCAGAGGUUGCUGCCUCCCUGUGCUCAAACAGCUGCCUGA